AUGAAUCCUAAUAACAACCAAAUUGUUUACGAAAAUAUACAAAUAUUAAGCACUCAUGACCAAGAUGUAAAUAAUCCGGAAAUUGAUAGUAUUAUUGUGGAUAAGAUAUCUGAUUUGAUAUUUUCCAAUUUAAAUCUUGAGGAAAUUUGGGAUAAAGUUAUGGAAAGAUUAAAGCAAGAAAAUUUGCGAGUGCAGUCCAUUGAAUCACGAAUUGUAGAUCUCUCAAAUUGGAAGAAAGUCGAUUGGGGCAGAAUACUAAAAACAUCGGAUUAUGCUCAAUUGUUUAACAGAUCAAAGAAGAAAUUAUAUAAGGAUUUAAUUGACAAGGAAGCACAAAAUUUGUUACAUGAUGGAUGUGGCCAAAUAAGAUCAUUAAAUGAUUUAAAAUUAUGGAAAGACAAAUUCUCAAUUUUAAAAUCUGAAGAUGCCCAAUUGACUGCUGGAAUUAUUGAAUUUUUCCAUCUCUGUUUACGGAGGGAAAUAAACAUUCUUGUAAUGCAACAUCGGGAAAGAGAUUACAUUGUCAAGAUACUAAGCCCAAUUAUUGGAUUCAUAUUUGAAGAAUUUGAUAUUGGCACUUUCGAGCUUAACUGGAUUGAAAAAGACUCUCAUAGUGUUACAUGUAGAAAGCGAAAAUUUGUACACGAAGAAUAUAUGGAAUUAGAACCACCAUCGAAAAAGAUGGAUUUAAUAAUAUCAUUACGUUCUUACAAAGUCGAAUUAUUGACGCUUGAAGCAGGGAAUACUGAAGGUCCCAUGGAUGAUACCAAGUUCCGGCAAGAUCAUUCUAAAAUCAAAAUAGUAAUGAAGGACUGUCUUGAUUCCUUUUGGAAUAAAUUACAUUUUAAAAAAAAUGAACUUGAAGAGGUCUUUGUAAUGGGCAUUCAGAUUACAGGCACAAGGUGGACGAUCUAUUCCCUUGUAUACAAUACUUCAAAAAAAUUUUAUUUUUUUACUGAGAUGGUGACAUUGACGUUGCCAACAAUUUUAUCUGAGAUGGAAGACCUUUUGCCAGAUUUCUUGGAAAAUCUUCUAGCAUUACGGCAUACACAAAUAGAAUUGGUUGCAAAGAUUCGAAAAUAUUCUCAAAAAAGUCUCUCUACUCCAUCUCCACCCUCAUCACCAUUGCAUGAAACUACAGAGUCUCCUUUGAAAAAACAAAAACAAAAGAAAGAUCCUUUUUGUAUCUUAGACAACUUAUACUAA